GACUGCGAUUUGAGCUCGUCGUCAGAUGAGCUUUUGGAUUGGUGUGCCUACCGCCUUGUUACCUGUGCACGUGAUGCUGCUGAGAACCCCAACUUCCUUUCUCCCUUUGCCAACGAGGCCCGCCAAUACGGUCUCAAUAUUGCUGGUGGAGUUCGUGGUGACAUCACUGUGAUUUUGGCGCUCGUGGUAAAUGAGCCAAUCACGUCAGAAUCUCAAUUAUCAGCUUCUACUGUACUCAGUGAUUCCCUUGAAAGACUGGCUGUAGGUGGGACCAACACGACUGUCUUCAAAAUCUCCCAUAGCCGAUCCUCCUCCUCGCCACCCUCCCUUUCUCCCUCAACCUCCAAAAAUUUCCCUCCAAUCUCCUGA